UUCAACUUUCAAGACGUCUUCGGUUUCGAAAGACAACCGCAUGGUAAAUGUUGCACAAGGCACGUUCACACCGUUAGCUGGCCAAAAUACAGCAACAUCAUCACAUUCAGCUCGGAGUGGAAAAGUGCAAGCACAUUUGAACCUUGCAACAUUUAAGACACCAUCGCCAUUCAAAGGAACUUUCAAGGCACGUAUUGGAAAAAGUACAACCACACAUUCGAUAUGGAAUGCAAACAUGCAAGCAUCUUUGAAGCCAGCUAUUUAUCGACCCAAUAGUUUUGCGAGAUCUAACACACCAUUUUCAUCUAUAGAAAAUCGUAAGGCGCGUACUCCAGUGAGUACAUCUACACCGUUAACUGGUCAAAGUACACCACCGCUGCAAUUGAAACCAAGUAUUGUUUCUAACAUCGCAUCUGCUGAUGAAUCCAUACAUAACCCUUUUGCCGUUGUUGGCCCAAGCAUAGCUAACGAGGGUUAUUUUACCUAG